AUGCACACACUCGACCUUGCCAACUUUCCUGUUACCGAUACCUUGAAGAUGCUGGCUUCUCUCCUAGCAAAAAUGACCCAAGCAAACGACCAAAUAAAAUCUCGCGCACUCUCCCACUCAGAUUCCUCUUCUACCGGUACUUCUUCACCUUCUUUCACGCGGUUUCAUGCACGCUCAGUACCUUCGAUCGACAUAUACUCUUAUCUGGCUAGGAUCUUGAAGUAUUGUCCGACAACAAAUGAGUGUUUUCUAUCCUUGUUGGUAUAUUUUGAUCGCAUGUCAAAGAAUGCCUUGGCUACAACAGGAAAGCCAUUUUCAAUAGACAGUUUUAAUAUCCAUCGGCUGAUAAUUUCGGGAAUUAUGGUGUCGUCAAAGUUCUUUUCGGACGUCUUUUUUACCAAUUCACGGUAUGCCAAGGUUGGAGGUCUGCCAGUAUCAGAACUGAAUCAUCUGGAAUUGGAGUUUCUCAUAUUAAAUGAAUUCCGAUUAUCCAUAAGUGUAGAAGAACUCCAAAGAUACGGAGAUCAACUACUAAGACAUUGGGUAAUGGAAGAAGAAAUGAGAUCAAACGGAAGCAUAUACGAUAGCGUGCGAUUUGGUCCCAAUAGUCCCAGCGGGAGAUGGGAGUCACACGAAAAUAACUCUAUAAGUAAAAGAUCACGACGUCUCCCGUCGAGUGACGACACCAACACAAGCAAAGGCGGUGGUCCUAAAGCAAUAAAAGAAGAGGACCAAGACAAUCACCCCCACCACUACUCGCGAACUCAUCGUAGAGAUAGCAGCCUUUCCUCAGCAAAAUCAUUGAACAUUUCAUCCUAUAACACACCAUUAACAUCAUCCCCCACAUCUUUUGCAUCACCCAACAGAAAAACAAUACCGUCGUCAGGUCGCGCUCACUCAACAUCUCCCAACUCUUCGACAGCUCAUCUAAAUGGCACAUCUCAAGCGAUAACUAACGGGUCUCCAAUGCGAGGUCCAUACCCGUCUACCGCAUUCAAUACACACCACAUGCACUACCCUAACGUACAUAAAGCUUACGCUUCUGCGCACCAUCAUAAUGCACAACAUCAACGCUCAGUUAGUUUAGAAUCUACAAUUAAGCGUGCAAGUAGCAGUGGCUCGUUACUUAAUCUCAAUCGAUCACGAAGCGGUGAUCUCGCGGACGACUUGCAACAGUAUCAUCAUCAAUCAUCUCCAAAGCAGAUAAACCCCGAAGAUGUUGCUUACCGAACUGCUGCACCGCCAUUUCCAAAUGCGCCUCUACCACAAGUAACAACGACUAGUGCAUUGAACGUCUCUAACCCCAAAUAUGCAAAUAGCACUGGAAAUCUCUCGAAUGGUGCCUCACAUAAUAUCUCUUCAAUGAUACGAAGAAUGUCGCAUGAUUCUCCUGUAAAUAGCUUUCAACAAAUACCCAACUCAUAUCACUACUCGAACUAUCCCCCACAACCGAACGCAAAUUCAACUCAACCAACCACAUCAAUGCAUCCAUUGAGUGGAUUUCAUAGUUCUGCCAUCCCAUCUCCAGUUUCGCCCUUGGCCCCUGGUGGGAACGAAGGACUAGGCGGGAGGAGAGGAAGUAUUUCUACGUGGAGUGGAAGUGGGAGUAGCGGGACUGUUGUAGCUAACGGGUUGGGUAAUGGAUUCUCUGGAUUACCUAAUGGAGGGAUAUCGCCGAACGCAUCUAAUGGUAUUCCAUCUCACCACAAUUCGAACAGUAGUCAGGCAAUUCCAAUUCCCGCUUCUACAGCUUCUUUGCCUUCCACAACAACGUCUCUUCUCAAUGGCCAUGCUAUAUCUCAUCUCCAUCCUUCUUCGUCCUCUCUUAAUGGCAUAACGAGCAUAAUUUCAUCUUCUCCAAACACACCCAAUACUCAUCCCGCUCGCCGUGGCAGCUGGGCUGUGGUUACAAACUCUACUCCAUUGAAUACAACUCAUCAUGGUCACUAUAGUACUCCGUUGACUUCUGUUAAUGGACACCAUACGCACCCGGGCGUGCAUCAUAGCCAUUCUAUGGGAAGUUUGAAUGUGAAUUAUCAAGCUUAUCCCUUAGACAGGACCAUUCAGCCGACGACGGUGACUGGGAAUGGAAUUAACAAUGUAAGUUCUAGAGAAGAUGGUGCGAAUUUGGUGAGGGAUGCGACUUUGAAGAUGAAGAAGGGAUCAGUAAGUGCGGUUGUUGGAAGUGGAAUCAAUAAGAAUGCCUCGCUGGUCGAGAUGGAAAGAAAUAAAGACGGGAAAAGUGAGAGAAAUGGUGUUAAUGGCGUAAAGGUCGGUGCGAAGGAAAUCAAAUGA